AUGGAGUCUGCUGAUGUUGUUGUUGAUGAUGACAACAAUUUUUCAGAAUUUUCAAUAGAAGACGAGAUAGAAAAAUUUCUGGAAGAAUCUCUUGAUCAAUUAAAAGUCCAGAAUUAUGUAUUAGAAAUUUCAUGUGUUGCAAAAGGAACUAAAACUCAAUCAUUAUCUUACACAUCUGAUACAUCCACAUCUGAACAGGCAGAGACGCAAAUGCCUAAAACUAUCACUAAUCCAAUUCAGAGAGAACCUUCAGCCAGGGUUAAAAAGAAUCAUCCAACUGAUCUCAUUAUGGGAGAUUUAGAAGAAAGCAUAGUCACAAGAAAAAGGUAUGUAAAUCUCGUCAAAUAUGUGUGUUUUACCUCUUCACUUGAACAAAAAAAUGUGAAAGAAGCUUUAAGUGAUGAGUCUUGGAUUAAAGCUAUGAAAGAAAAGAAUGACAAGAAAAGCACAAGUGGGGGAUGUUUCUAUUUGGGGAACAACUUGGUGUCGUGGCACAGCAAAAAGCGAAAUUCAAUUUCAAAAUCUACUGGUGAGGCCGAGUACAUUGUUGCUGGCAAUUGUCGUACUCAACUAUUGCCGAUGAAAUAA